AUGCGCGCAUGGAUGAAUCAAAUCAACGCAUCAGCGCAUAGUAAAUGUAGGACUGAAUCCAAUGUUAAGAACGGAACAGAACAGAACAGAACAGAACAGAACGAAACAGAACAGAACGAAACAGAACAGAACGAAACAGAACAGAACGAAAUAGAACAGAACAGAACGAAACAGAACAGAACAGAACGAAACAGAACAGAACAGAACGAAACAGAACAGAACAGAACAGAACAGAACAGAACAGAACAGAACAGAACAGAACAGAACGAAACAGAACAGAACAGAACAGAACAGAACAGAACAGAACAGAACAGAACAGAACAGAACAGAACAGAACAGAACAGAACAGAACAGAACAGAACAGAACAGAACAGAACAGAACAGAACAGAACAGAACAGAACAGAACAGAACAGAACAGAACAGAACAGAACAGAACAGAACAGAACAGAACAGAACAGAACAGAACAGAACAGAACAGAACAGAACAGAACAGAACAGAACAGAACAGAACAGAACAGAACAGAACAGAACAGAACAGAACAGAACAGAACAGAACGAAACAGAACAGAACAGAACAGAACAGAACAGAACAGAACCGAACAGAACCGAACGGAACGGAACGGAACGGAACGGAACGGAACGGAACGGAACGGAACGGAACGGAACGGAACGGAACGGAACGGAACGGAACGGAACGGAACGGAACGGAACGGAACGGAACGGAACGGAACAGAACAGAACAGAACAGAACAGAACAGAACAGAACAGAACAGAACAGAACAGAAUAG